AUGUCGGGCGAAGAAGAAGACUUCACAACGUUGGUUCGCUACAUUGGCGGAGACAGAAGCCAAGAGAUGGGUGUGAAUCACCCAGUUCAGAACACUGUCGAGCAGUUUCUUGAGCUUGUGAAAAGCAGGCUGUUUCCGAAAGAGAUGUUUGCCAACGACACCCUUGUCGCAGUCUUCAAUGGUAACAUCUUGGACAACACCGACACAAUCUAUCGCAAGGCCGAAAUCUAUGUUAUAGAUGCGUCGCGGAUGGAUGACCGCUUCUUUGUCAAUGCGCUUCGUUAUGAGAACUUUGAGCACUUCAUGGUGCCGUAUGGCAUUGAUAUGAAGUUCCUUGUUGUUUUCGGUGAGGACAUCGAAGCCCUUGAGUUUGACAUGACGCGAAAGGUAAUUACCUUUCGUAAGCAGGCGCUUCAGUUGUUCUUGGGUCGCGACCCAUCUACAACCGAGCUUGAUUUCUACCGCUUCAACUUCUUCGUGGAGGACAACAACACCGGAAACACAACCGAGCAUCUGCUUGAACGUGCAGAUGAUAGGCGCCCCAUGCGGACUUUUGUCGAUGGUCUUGCAGACAGACAUUUGUUUCGCAAGGUGGUGAUUGAGGUCAAUCGUCAAGCAGACGCUUCCGCUUCUUCUUCAAAAACCCAGAAGAUGGAUGAUAAGAAGAUUGAGCUCAACGGCAAAAUCAACGGUCUUCUUGGGGUCAUUCCUCCCUCGGUUCCUCAUGCGGAUGAGCUCGGCAACUUGGUCAAUCUGAUGCGUAACAAUUCCGAGAAAUGGGUUUCAUCAACCAUUGAAGCGAUGGACAUGAAACAGUUUGAGAAGCUCUACGAAACUUAUUGGAGUUGUUCAUAUUCCGAUGUUUCCCGCGUUUCCGAAGCCAUCGCGAAGGACGUCAUUCCGCUCUACCAGAAGUUCAAUGACAUCAUCGUUCAAGCAAACAACGCUAUCAAGAUAGCAAACAAUGCGAAAGGUUUGAUGGAAGCACUGCUUACUCACGCUUACCUUUGUGAGUUUGGCGGUAAAGCCAACGUCGAUCAUUCGACUUUCGAAGAAAUGAUGGAACAAAAGCUGAAGAAGAUUGAGAAGGAAAAGGUCGACUUCUACACGAACGGCAUUGGCGACAACAACUUCGUCUGGCGAGGCUGUCUCACGGUCUAA